GAUUUCGUAGCUCUCUGAGUGAUGGGGAUCUCAACGCAACAUCGUAUUCACCAUUUGGCAUCCGGAGUCGUCUUUUAAUGCUCUUCUUUACAGGUGUCGUAUGAUGUUCUCCGCAGAGCAACUGCAGGAGGGUUGACAAUUUUUGCUCCGUCCAAGCGGAAAUUUCUACACGGGGAACCCAAUCUCAUGAGAAGAAGUCAAAGACUCGAGUUCGUUUCUGCAUUUUGUUCGUGGUUGCAUUUUGGAUCGAGAAGUAUUGGAAAAGAAAGAUCUUUGCUGCACGAAAGAUAAGCUUAUUGAAGCAAUUUGUGGGGGAAAAAGGGCGGCUUCUCCUCGAUCGCUUUUUGGUGUUCUGCUCCCAUCAAAUCAACUGUCUCUCGCCCUUCCUUUGGCAGAUUCUGCUCCCCAGAAAGAGCUGAGAAGAUAGGGCGAGAAGCCCCUCCUUUUUGCUAGACUUGACCACUGAUCUGCCGUCCCGCUUUUUCAAGCUCUGAUGCCCCCCUCCGACUCUGAGGCGACCUUUGGGUUACCGGCGUCAAGGUCUCGUUUUGAUGCUUUGUUUCCACUCCUUGGAUCAGUAUUGCUCCAAUCUUGCAUAAAAGAUCCAAUCUUUGGUUUCAUAUUGCUGGUACGGGAAUAGUGUGCUGGACUUAGGGUUCUAUCGUUGAGAACUAGGAAUAAGAACGCCGUCUUUGUUCUUCUUGAGUUAUUCUUGGCUUCCGGUUCGAGCUCAUUGUCUCUGUUUUAGGAGGAGGAGUUCGGUUCUCUCGGUUGGUCCUCUUUCAAGCUCUGUCUCUGUCUGACGUUGUACUGCACAAAGAAUGCUUAAUUGAUCCAUAGAUAGAACUGAGAAGUUGUUGAGAUUGAUACUGGGUGCUGUGCUGUGGUUCAUUGUUUGGUUGCAAGAAGCAUGGAUGAUGGAGACGUAGACCUGUCGAGCCACCUGCUUGUUUCGGAUCCUGAGAUAAACCAGAGCUUCGAUGAGUUCUUGAGAAGCACCAGCACAUGCACCCACACCCAUACAUGUAACCUUCCAGGGCCGGCCGCUGCCACCCACACCCACACAUGCUACCACACUCAUACUCAAGUGUUUGCGGCAGGCGAGGGGGAAAGCGUCGGAGAAGAGGAGCCAAAAAGGUAUCGGAAACCUCUCGGGAACAAAGAGGCUGUGAGGAAGUAUCGAGAAAAGAAGAAGGCCCAUGCAGCCUUCCUGGAAGAGGAAGUCAAGAAACUGCGCCUUGUGAAUCAGCAGCUUCUGAGAAGAUUGCAGGGUCAAGCAGCGCUCGAAGCAGAGGUGAUCAGACUAAGAAACCUGCUGGUGGACUUCAGAGGGAAGAUUGAUGCUGAAUUGGGUGGCUUCCCGUUUCAGAAUCAGUGCAGACCUGGUUGCUUACAGUGUGAUGCUGAUGGUCAAUGCAUCAGCCAAAACCUUGCAGCGAUCGAUUGGGAAGGGAGUCAUGUGCCUGCAAUUACAAAUUGUCAGAUCAAUCCGAGUGGGGAUAUUAUAAUGAGGCAGAAGCCGGAGAUCGCCGAAGCUGUGAACUCAAUGAAUGUUGUAGGAAGUUUGAUCUCAUCUGCUUCCCAAACAGAGUGAAAGGUUUGAUCGACGGUUCUCUUAUAUGUUUCUGAGUCCUUAAAACUUGCUAUGUUGCAGGCAAACAGGCCAGCUGAGCAAUUUAUGAUACUUACAUGCAGGCAGAAACGACAUACGUUUUGUAAGAAUAAUGUUUUAUGGAUGACAAAAAAGCUUAGAACAAAUUCAGCAUGGGUGGAAAUCCAGUAUGUACAUAAUAAGAAAUGUUGAAUAUGCACAUAAUAAUCAUAUCCAAAGAGAUGUUUUUGCUGCUUUUACUAGUUUUGUGUCGGGUGCUUAAUGCAGAGGUAGAAAUGAUCUUUGCUUCAUAUGUAUUUUGCAAGUAUUUUUACUCUUUUGAACUAUGGAGAUGGUUUUAUAAUAAUCUGUUGCCGAGUAUCCAAAUUGGUAGGAGCCCUUAAGAUGAUUCUUCAGUGAAGACCUGCGGUGGCUCCUUUUAUGCAAUUUUGUUUUUUGUUUCUUCCUUUUAGCGGAUGGCAAAGCAACACAGCUUAAGAGCAAUAAAAAGAAAUCUCGUCUUCUGGAGGAUGUACAUAAAUACACUUUUUUUUUUUGUGCUGCUUUUGAUGAGUCAUGUCAUGUACUAAAUGUUGCCAAAGAGUUCGAUUUUUGCUUCAUAUGUAUUGACCUUUAAUCUUUUGAAACGCAGUGAUGGAUUGUAAUAAAUCAUUAUGGAAUAUCCAAAAAUGAUAAAAUCCCUUGAGCUGAUUU